GGUUUCCAGCUUUCUUCAAAAUAUCUUUUUUUUUGUGUUCAACAGAAGGGAAAAAAGACAAACCGGUUUGGAACAAGUAAAGGUUGAGUAAAUGAUGCAAAAUUUUCAUUUUUUUGGGAGAACUAUCCAUUUAAAAAUAUGUAAACAAAUUUGUUCGUUUUAAAGGGAGAUGCUAAUAGUCCUAUUUAAUGAUUUAUGUUUAGUUAUGUUAGCUAUCAGUUUUCAUAUCUAAAUUAAAGGGGACUGAGGCGACCUUGUAGUAGUGUACAGUUCAUGAGCUAAACUUUUUGGGGGGCUGAAUAGAAAUAUUGGAAGGCUAAAGCAACCCCCAUGCUAUUUUCAAAAUUUACCUGAGCGUUUCAGCGAGGCAUCGCCAUUCAGUUGACUUGUGGUCUUCGAAAACUCACGAAAUUUUCUUACAGCUGCUGCGGUCGUCAGGGGGAGGGGAAUGGCGCAAGUUAAACAAAAAUGCACCAAUUGCAACAAAUUACGAUGCGAGUUAAACAAAACAUUUGGUAUACUGUAUACAGGUAAAGGGGACGUGAAUACAUAUAAAGUAGGGAAGUUUAAUCAUUUACUGAUCCUCAGAAGUCGCAAUACCCAAACAAAAUACUCAAAAGUAAGCAUACUGAGUAUACGUGCAUAUAGCCCCGACUACACCACUGAUGUCAAAUAAAAAGAUAAGGUUUAGAAUGCCAAAGAUAACAAUUACAAUCAGAGAGAAAAAAAGAGAAACAUAUAAGUAUCAUAAACAAAUAAUACAACGUUUAUAAAUUAACAUGUGUAGUUAAAUAAAAAUACAUUAAAAUGAUUCAAUCAAUAAUAAAAUUCAAGACAGAUUAUAAUGAGCCCAGGAAUAGACAAUAUAAAUAACAUUAUUAUAUAUAAAUUAUACAAAAGCACCAAGAAGUGAAUAUACCUUCAAUGUUUUAGUUGCCUUUUACAAGAGGUAGAUCUUUUUGAAAGUGUUGCUUGUGUUAAAAUGAGUGUUAAAAUGAAAAGUAUACUUUCAUAAUCUUGCAUUUGUAGAUAAAGUAGGCUACUCUGCCUGCAAGAUCAUCAAGGAAGUAACUGUUCCUUGCACAUCAAGGAAGUAACUGUUUUCAGACUGCUUCUCAAAAGUAAAAACAAAAUCCAAACAAAGCAUCCCUAAAGUAUCCUCCACAAGCUCUCGUGAUCGCCCACUGUUGCUCACAAUUACCUGUUCAGGUAAGCCACGCCCACGAUGACAUUUCACUUUUACAAUGAAGACGUGAAGUAACUGGAUUCUAGACACGCAGACAAAUAGUUUCAGACACAACGGACCCAAGUUCCCUGUCGUCGUUUUUAAUAAGAAUUAUAACAUUUCCCCUUUACCUAAUUUUUUAUCGCUACAACUGAUGAUGGAUGGCGUUUGUAAAUCUCCCCAGAGGCUGCUGUUUAUUCUCGUGUUGUGUGUUGGGCUUGUGCAGAGUUAUCCGAAUGGACUUGUAAACGAGGUUUGCGACUCUAUGAUGCCUAAGCACGGCGCUGACGCUCAGACCAGCUCUCCUCCGUACACAGUCACUGCUGACAAAACCACAUUUAAAGAAGGAGAUCAAAUCACAGUAUCGCUAAAAAGCCAAAUGGGAUAUCAGUGGGAAGGCUUUAUGUUGCAAGCACGCCCAGUUGGAUCGAGCAGUCCCAUUGGCACUUUUUCUGUGACGGGGAAUAAUGUGCAGCUCCUCAGUUGUAGUGGAAUAGCUGGUAGAGCAGUCUCUCACACAUCAAAUGCUAAAACAACUUCAGUUCAAGUUACAUGGACAGCACCUACAUCUGGACAGCUCGGGAAUAUAGAGUUCAGUGUAACAUUUGUAAAGUCUUCUGCUACCUUUUGGGUUGGAGUCAAGAGCUCUGCCAUUGUAUAUAAUGGCACAGUAACUACUACUACUGUCACCCCAACCGUUGCAUCAAUUCCUGGUUGUGGGAGCACGAAAGUCUGCUUCAGUGAGCCCAACAAUUGUAACCCAACCACCAGCACCGGCUGUUACUUUAUGGCGGUGCAGACUUCAUCUGACCAGUCAGAAAUGAGGAUUGAAAUGUUUGGCCAGGCUGAUGGAUAUGUUGCCAUUGGGUUUUCAGAUGACAAUAUAAUGGGCAAUGACGAUGUUUACAUCUGUGGCAAGGACAACAAUGGCAACCUUCAAGUGCAACAUGCAUUUAAUUCAGGAAAAUCAUCUCCGGCUAUUCUUUCACUGGGCAAUGUAACCAACAUCCUGACAGCACUUACGAAUGGAAAUAUUAAUUGUUCAUUUACUUCUCGUAACACUAUCAGCACUGCAAGUAGAGCAGCAUCUACUUAUGAAUAUCACCUGAUGAUCGCUGCUGGAUCUUCAAAUCAAGGCAACAUCCAGUUUCACACCAAUAAAUAUGUCAGCAGCACCAAGGCUAAUUUACUAAAUCCAAGUGUUGUCAUCAUAAGUGAGGAAGACUUUCCACCCAUGGUUAAAGCCCACGGUUGCCUUAUGUUAAUCUCCUGGAUGGCGACGGGUAGCAUUGGGAUGAUCAUUGCACGCUAUUUAAAGGGAGUCGCCAAGGGCCAAGGCUGUUUCGGUAAAGAUUUCUGGUUUGUGGCUCACGUGUCCCUGAUGACCCUGUCAAUCAUUGCCACGGCCAUUGCAUUCAUCAUAGUAUUCGUUAGUGCUGGAGACUGGGCUGGGGGGGCUCAUCCUGUCUUGGGUUGUUUGGUGAUGAUUCUCAGUCUCAUUCAGCCCAUCGUCGCUGCAUUCCGCUGUGAACCACAACAUGAACGGAGGUUUGUUUUCAACUGGGCUCACUCCUGCAAUGCUUUUGCCAUCAAAUGCCUGGCAGUUGCUGCGAUUUUCACCGGUCUGGCGCUGUUUGAAGAACAUGAUUCAGAUGGGUGGAUGUUGAAGGUUAUGGGAGGUUAUUUGGCCUGGGAGGCUCUGAUGUACGUCCUGCAAGAUCUGAACCUGCGUGCCAAGAAAAAAGACUCUCAGUUUUGCAGUUAUGAACCGAUGAGAACUGAAACAAUCCUGCUAUUCCUGUUCAUAAUCGGAAACCUGGCCUUCCUGAUAGCACUUCUUGUUGGAAUUGGCUCAGCUUGAGUAGAUCCAUCAUGAUACUAAUUCUGGAGCCAGUUGUGGCUCUUUUGUUGUAUAAGAUGUAUGUUUUAUAUAUUUUUAUUUAAUCAAAGAUCAUUUGGUUUCUUACAAGCUCGGUCAACCUCUACAUAUUUUAUCUUUGUUACUUUUUAGUUAAUAUGGCUUUUUCCCCCUGGGUUACUAACUAAAUAUUGAACAACGCGCCUAUGAGUAAUGAAUAUUAUGUGAUUACUGCACUAUUCAUUAUGAAGGAUGAACUAUCUAUAACUUUAAUCAAAAAUCAUAGUUUUAUUUUAUUUUUUACAAUUUCAUUUAAGCUCAAAAUUAAUAAAUGUUGGUUCAAACAUUUAUGAAAAAUGUAUAACUUUUAUAAAGAUUUCUAUUUGAUUUUGUAUGUGUAUAUAUAGACCUUACAUUUUGAAUGUCUUGUCAACAGCCACUAGGUGGCAGUGUCAUAACAGGUAUUUUUAAGCAGCUAUUGUACAUUUUCAAAGCAUGAAUAAGAACUCAAUAACUGAAAUAAAUGGACGGUUUUGUUAGUUA